AUGAUGAGUGUUUUUCUGAUCCUCCUUUGGACAAUGAACUUGGUUCAGCCAAACGUACCCCAAGCUGUAGGAGUCCAGGUUUUCCCACCUGUAAACUUCACUCUUACAGUCUCUGCAUUAGCACAAGUACUUUUACACUGGAGACCAAACCCUAAUCAAGAACAAAGAAACUACACUAUUAGAUAUGAUGUGAAAAUCCUAAGCCCUGUGCCUGAAGAGUAUGAUACAAAGAAGACUCACAGUAUUCGAACAGCUCCACUUCACAAUGGUUUCUCUGCACACAUUCGGACCUUACUUUUCCAUAAUAACCUUCAGGUGAGAAGUGACUGGGUGAAGGAAGAACUCCUGCCUCUGCCAGGUGCUCCAGAGACAUCUGUCACUAAUUUGUCCUGUGUUACUCGCAUCACCGUUUCUGGUACUGUUUCUCUCCAUUGCACUUGGCUUCCUGGCCAAGGGGCACCAGAAGAUACUAAGUACUUUCUGUUUUACAGGUAUGAGACAUACACUGAAGAAUGUCAAGAUUACAUCAAAGACAAGAGGAACAGGAAUAGUGAGUGCAGAUUUUCAGUGACUCAUAUUGAUCCUGAAGAAGUUGACAAUCUCAUUGUAAUACAUGUUAAUGGGUCUAGCAAGUAUGCUGUCAUCAAACCUUUCCAGCAGUUAUUUAACCAAAAUGCCAUUGAGAAAGUGAAUGUUCCCAGAAAUGUCACUGUAUUCUUAGAGCAAAAUGAUCUCCUGGCCACAUGGGAGAAGCCAAUUUCUCCUUUCCCUGAAGAAUGUUUUGAAUAUGAAUUUUACCUCUUCAACUUGAAGUCAGGUAACAAGCAGAUAUUGAAAAUAUCCUCAAACAACUUCAGGUUGCGAAUUGAUGUUACCAGCAGGUAUUCCAUACACAUAAGAGCUAAUCAUCACAUAUGUUGUACGAGAGGAUUUUGGAGUGACUGGAGUGAAAUUAUUUAUGUCGGGCAAAACAAACUGGAGAAUCCUGUAGGCUGGAUUUUCACUGUCCUUUGUGUGUCCACAUGCUGCAUAUUUCUGCUUGUUGCUAUAAUAUGCAAAAUAAACCACAUAUGGAGUAAGCUGUUUCCACCAAUUCCAGCACCGAGCAACAAAUUCAGAGAUCCCUUCCCAAAUGACUAUGAGCUAAAAGCUGUGUUUGCUUUCCAGAGAGCACGUACCUUCACCAGCGAGACGGAGACCGAGUUCGGCAGCUUCACUGAAGAUCUCUACUGCAGCACCCUCGAUGACUCUGUCUUCUGA